AUGAGAGCACCACGGAUCCAGCAGUUUCUGAGCCCUUUCCUUCGUAAGGCUCCCGUCGCACCGACAUGCCAGGCCAGAUGGCUUCAUAAGACACGAGAGACACCCCCGGUCCCGUCGCCGAUCCCCCUCAUUCCCGAUGUUCCGACUUUCCUCAAGGUUCUCGGCCGCGGCCUAAGUCAGCACGUCGACAAGUUCCCCUCGUGGGAGUCUCUCUUUACCCUCUCGUCGACACAACUCAGAGAGCUCGGCCUCGAACCGCCACGGACGCGACGCUACCUCCUCACGUGGCUCGAAAGAUACAGAAAGGGCGCAUUCGGCGUCGGGGGCGACUUCAAGCACGUCGAAAAUGGCGAGGCCUAUCUUAAAGUCAUCUACAACCCCGCCAAGAAGAGGAAAAUAGUCGUCAACGUUCCGGCCGAUGCGGAUCUGAAGGGCAUCCCCAUCGAAAAGCUGACAAAGCCGUCGGAUUACAAGGUGCGCGGCUCUCAUGCGAUCACUGGUCCUCACGCCUUGCCCCUGAAGGCCGGCGAGGGCGCGCGUGUGGUCGUGACCGAGGGCAUGUGGGAGCAGAAGCAGGGCCAUAAGGUUGAUGGAGGUGAACGCAGACAGGCAGAGGUCCGCUUCAAGAAGCGCAUUGCUGCGCGCAGGGCCGAGCGGGAGGCUAAGGGUCUACGAUGA